AUGAGUGCAAUCCUCGAGAGUAAUCCUUUCGUCCGAAUGGCUCGGGAAAGGUUCUCGCAGGACGACCCUGAUCUUGAUGCACUCGCACAAGAGUUGUGGCACCGCCCAUUUUCCCAGAUUCCUGGCGCCAAACUGCAGUUCUCGAGCAUCCUAUCUUCUGAUAUCAUGCGUCGGACACUGUGGUCCGAGCCAAUGUUCCAUCCGUGGCGACGCGUCUUCUGGAGCUACUUGCAUGAUCCGAGCUGGAAGUCCACCGACGCUGAGGACACCCCCAAGCUGGUCUACGAUUAUUUGAACAGAUUGAAUCAUCGAGACAUCAUUAUGCCGAACACUUUCCAAAUGGAAGUGUUCCCUGGCAUGGAUUUGCAGGCCAAGGUUAACGAGCGCUGCGGAGUCUUCGCCUCGGAGAUGCUGCAUUUUGUCUUCCCGACCCUGCCCCCUGUCUUUUUCUAUGCAACGUUCAACAUGCGGGGGGCCGAUGAUCUGAUUCACAUCAUGACUGAUGUAGAGGACGCAAUGUAUUGGAGAUUCUUCCGGUGUUUUGGCAUGCGCAAACAUGACGGCACCGGGGGCAGUCAGCCAGUCAGCGAAUUCUUUAACAGAAGGCGCUUGGGCUCAUAA